AUGGAGCGACCCUCUGGUGCCGCAGGGCUCGCAACUCUAUCUACAGGAAGGCCAAAGCUUGAUAAUUCUUACCCUCGAACCACGCCUCAAGCUACUAGUCGAAGAAAUCCAACAAAUAUACGACCAAUGACGUCUAACUCCUCUCUUUCAAUGACACCCAUAUCUGCAAAUCAGUUUAUAGCUCUUGCUCGAGAGGCUAUGAGAAAUGCCCUUGAAGAGAAUCAGACCAAAGCAGCCGAAGCUAGGGGUGUCAGUAAUGAGCUAAAGCCAGGUGUUACCAUUGACCUUAGCCAUAAACAAAUUCAACGAUUCCCCGAGGAGGUCGUAGAUAUAAUCAAAAAUGAACUCGAAAGGCUUGCCUUAUCUCACAACAUGAUAUCUGCCUUCCCUUCCAGAUUUUCAGAGUGCAAAUCGCUCAGAUAUCUCAAUGUUCGGAAUAAUAAUCUCCGCGAGUUCCCACAAUCUAUAUGCGACUUAGCGUCACUUGAAAUCUUAGACUUUAGCAGGAACAAGUUAAAAAUUCUUCCUCUCGAAAUUGUAAAGCUCACGUCCCUCAAAGUGUUCUCUGUGCAAAAAAAUCGAGUUGAAACUCUGCCACUCUGUAUUGCAGACAUGUCAUCGCUGCAAGUCCUCAAGCUUGAUGGAAAUCCCAUUCAAUUUCCACCAAAGGAGGUAUUACAACCUCAAAUCAUAAGUCCCACGAAUGGGUAUUCUCAGGAAAACGAGCCUGACGAACCAAUGAUCACUCUCCAUAUUAAACGAUUCUUAAAACAGAAACAAAUUGCGGAUCGUUCGGAAAUGGAAUUCGGUACGGAAGAUUUCAGCGAGGGCAUUGAGAUUCAACGACCAAUCAAGCGAGCUGUAAGCGGAAGAUUUCCUAUCAAAGUGAAUGGCACAGAUGUACCCGAUGUACGCUCGCCAGCCCUAACACGGCCUCCUCCCAUACCUUCCAGAUCCCAUUACAGAGGACUUUCCCAGCAAAAUGCAUCACAGAGACGGCCAGGCGUUAUGCCCUUAACAAUUGGGAGUACUAAUGAAAGAUUUAGACGAAUGGGCAUGGGGUUUGUAUCACGCAAGAGUUCUGGCUUAGAUACCGUCGAUGAGGCAAAACCAAAUCGCUAUAGUCACUAUAGAGGCCUGAGUCAUGGAUCUGCAAUUAUAGGUAAUCUCUCGAGUGGACUCUCAACAUUCAAAAGUCCAGCUAGCCCAGCUGAAUUAUAUAUACAAAGAGGGACAGUUGUACGGCGAUUGACUAGUCUACCGGAGUGCAAACGGAAGUCAAUCUCGCCUGACCCUAAUGUUGAAGCUGCGAAGAGCAUCUUAUAUGCCCUUUUCCAGGUUCACCCGCUGAUACAGAGUUUACUUGGAGUCUCCCGAGAUACAAACAGCAAGCGUUCAAGCCUUGAGAGGGUACUCUAUAACGCCACAACUCAUGUAGAAGAACUUGAUAAGACUAUCCAGGAUUUUACGACGCCAAUUGAAGGGGAGGAAGAGACAUGCACUCGCUCCAGUGAAAAUGUCCGACAUGCAUGUGUCACAUGUGUAAAUGCUUAUAUACAUGUUCUUAAUCUACUUCAGAGAAAUCUAGAUACAUUAGUUGAGCAUGGUGAUCCUCGCUAUGUUCGAACACUCCUCCUUCUUUUAUUCGGGAGUACAUGUGAAAUAAAUGCUGCUCACAAGAGCUUUCUUCAAGUAAGACAAACCAGCCAAAAUACUGGGUCUAUAGCUGUCAGUAAACAAGAAAAAGAUAGUGUCAGAAUUCACUCAAGAGAUGGAUCUAUAGUUCCAACCCGACGUGGACAAGUAGCAGGGUCACGAGCGAGAAGUGCUACAAUGAUCCAGAAUUCAAGCAAUCUUCAGGCUACACCUGCUCAACUUCCGCCUUUUUUGAAUGGCGGUGGAAGAUCUGCAACCUUUUCCAGCUCUACCCCAUGUUCCGUAGAUUCAUUUGGGUCAAAUAGUAAUGUAUCGACCUUAACUCGUAGUGGAGGGUUCACAGAAGACGACAGAGUUUUUGAGAAAAUAUUUUUAAGACUACAGCAAUCUUCAGAGAUGACGAUAAGAGCAAUACCAUCUGUACACAAUCAUUUUUUUGCUGCGAUGAAAACUAGUUGUCAGCAGUCGAAUCCAGAGCAACCGAAACAAUUUUGGCAAAUACUCAUUCAGAAAUGCUUGAUAGUCGCACAAGCCGCAGAGAUGCUCAAAUCUCGAUUGUCUCUAAUCAAGCUUAAAGAGCCUGGAAUACGUACCCAGGGAGCCUUCUGGGAAUUAUGCUAUUCUUUUAUUCAAGCACAGGCAAAGAGUAUGACCACUCUUCUUAACAAUGAUGUUAUAGCAUUACUUCGGCCAUUACAGAAGGCCAUCAAGGACACUAGCCAGCUUAUUCAAUCUUCCCCCUGGUCAUUUAUGGCUUCUCCAGCAGCUGGCGGCACCAAUGGACUGCACUCUGGCCUGAUUCAGCCUAUCUCUCAAACUCCACUCCCCAUGACCCCUCAAUCAGGCAUUAUAAUGGGUUCAUCAUCUCAAGGUACCUCUGUAUCAACGCUUCAGGGCUUACCUAACAACAGUUUUUAUAAUAAUUACACUAAAGAGCGAGUAAGUUCCCAAUCGGCAGCUCAUAGCGCGGGUCCGACAUUGAGGUCGGCAACAUUCACAUCUCCCGUUAUACCAUUAGGGCACGGUGAAAGCACGCCGAUGUCUGCUUCUGUAUCAAGUCCACUAAGAUCAUUCCCUACAAAAAACUAUGGGCUCAACAAAAUGACGUUUUCAUGA